AUGCCACUCUGCGGCGGCAAGAAAGUGGUGCAGCGCAAGCUCGUCCUACUCGGCGACGGCGCAUGUGGGAAAACGAGUUUGUUGAAUGUCUUUACCCGCGGAUUCUUCCCAACUGUCUACGAGCCCACGGUGUUCGAGAAUUACGUACACGAUAUCUUCGUGGACAACAUCCACAUGGAACUAUCCCUCUGGGACACGGCAGGACAAGAAGAGUUCGACCGGUUGCGGUCACUGAGCUAUGAUGAUACCCAGGCCAUCAUGCUGUGUUUUAGCGUCGACAACCGCGGCUCACUCGAGAACGUGGGGACGAAAUGGAUCCAGGAAAUCAACGAGCACUGUCCCGGGGUCAAGAUCGUGCUGUGCGCAUUGAAGUGUGAUCUGCGCGAAGAACAGGAGAAGGAGGACGACGACGACGACGCCGCCGCCGCGAAUAAUGCCGCCAGUGUCGAUGCCGCGACAUCCGUGAGAAAUAUGAUUCAGUACAGUGAGGGUCUGGAGGUCGCCAGGCGCAUUGGUGCGCUAAGAUAUCUUGAAUGCUCAGCGAUGCGGAAUCGAGGCGUCAAUGAAGCGUUCACGGAAGCCGCGCGAGUGGCCCUGCAGGUCAAGACAAGCGCUUCGAAGGACGAUUCCAAGUGCUCCGUUAUGUGA